GUACAUGCUCCAAUAAAACUUUCGAAGAGCUACGGCACCUACGAGAGAAUUAACUCGAUGAUCUGGAGGAAUAGAUUUCUUUAACAAGAUGCUGACCGCGGCCGCGUUUUGACACUGACGAAUAAGGGACCACAAGCACACGAAGACACGCUACAAAAAUGCCAGACGAGGAGGAGAACUCGCCCGAGAUGGACCCGGAGGAGGGCGAGGAGGAGGAGGCCCCGCCCCCGCCCGUGAAGAAACUUCCCGAGGAGAUAGAGGCGGAGCGGUUUGAGCAGCUGGAAGCCGAGUUUCAGGAUGUCGUCGCCGGGCUGGUCGCGGACAAGGGUCUGGAGCACUUCAAACUGGAGUACGAAAAGCUCUUUCGUGCGGUGAAGAAGAGCCAUGAGAGCGAGAAACGGUUACUAAAAAAGUGCCGGGAGCUGAACCAGGAGAUCGUCGACAACAGUGAGAAGGUGGAAACGGCCCUGAAAAUGAGCCAAGCGGACGAGGAAACCAUCACCGAGCUGAAAUAUCAAAUGUAAAAAUGUCUGGGUCUGGAAGAAUCCGAACUUGUGAUGCUGCAUUUGGAUUCCAAAAAAAUCUGUAUUGCAUGACCAGCAAAGGGCGUGCAAUUUUGGCUACGCGGAGAGGGCAUUUGUCAUGCGGAAUAGGCAUCAAGAAGCCCUCAGAAAAUCUGCAUUGCUAGGGUAUGCAUCACAGACAUCAUGGCUCAUGCAAAACGUGCGUGACAAGUGUCAGAAUCUUCCAGACCCAGACAUUGUUACAUUUGAUAUGAAAACGGAAAUAUCAAGAGCCUGGGGCAUGGUGGAAGCGGCGCACGAAAAGGAAACCUCCGCGAAAGCAAGCAUCUCGACCUUGAAAGGAGAGAUUGCAAACUUGAGUACUUGCUGUCCGCUUUUUUUGCCUAUUUCUAAACUGAGACUGUGCCCUUUAUAAUUAAGUAUGCAGUGCGGGGUUUGUUCACCAUGUUGAACUUGAAGAGUGGUUUAUUGCCAUUGCUUCGAUGCGAAAUAAGACACAUAUCACAGAUCAACUCGUGGAGCAGGGCGCCAUAAUUGCAAGGACACAAGAGCAGACCGUCUCCGCGUUGCGAAAAGAACGGGAGGAUUUGCUUGAGUCCAAACAGAGCCUGCAAAAAAGCGCAGACACCUUAUCGUCUGGGAACGCGGAGCUGCUGACGCAACUGGAGUCCAUAGAAGGCGAGAGGAGUGAGGGCAUGCUGGAAAUCACCUCCCUACGGGAACUGAAUACGUCAAAACGAAAUGAGGUCGAACGACAGCAGCGUGCGCUGGACCGCGUCGCGAAAGAUUUGGGGGUACGAAACAGUGCUUUUGUGGAAGCUGUAGAAUGUUGUAGUUGUGGAUGUGCCCGACCCGGCUGUGAGAGUGAGAAAAACUGUAUAUACAAAAAAACACGUGCUCAUCACAGGAGCUAAAAACGACGCAGCAGAACCUCGCUGAAGGCCUUUCCGAUCAGGGAACGACUUUUGAAAUGCAGCGGGAGAGGAGUGCCUUGAUUGAGCAGCAGCUGAAGGAGCAGAACAGAAUACUCGAGAAGUUGCAAGUCCAGGAACGACUCCUGAGUGAGGAGCUAAAGCGCAACGAGAAGAGCUUUGCUCAGGCAGUGGAGCAGAAGGACGACCAACUGAAAACAAACAUGGAUUUGAAAAACAAAAUAAAGAAACUGCAGGAAAGUCUCAGGUAUCUAUACUUUGCAUUUGCUGUGUGGUAGUUCUUUUUUGCCAUGGUUGUUCGUUGCUGCCUGCGGAGCAGGUGCAGGGAGUUUUUUCUAUACUCAAUUCCAAUCUUUGUCCAAACCACGCGACGCAUCCCAAAACAAAACACAGAAUCAGCCGGCAGGAAAGCGAAAAGGCGGACAGGACGCUCGCGGACCUGAAACGCGCCAAGCGAAUAGAGGAAGUGAAGUUUCGCGAGCUCGUCGUCACGAAAGAGAAUUUCGUCGGAGAGGUGAAAGAAAUCAUAAAAGAAGUCGACCGAAUGCAAGCCUAUGCGCAGAAGGACGACAACUCGCUUAACAAGCUUCUGCAUGAACGUAACUAGAUAGUUUCUCUACGCAGUAAGUAGACUAUUCUUCAUUUGCGGCGAUGCGUAAUUUUAGUGCAGCUUGUCGUGAUCAAGAUCAUGUUUUUUUUUCACCAGGGUCGCGGAGCGAAGCACAACAUAAUCAAUCGGUUACUUGAAGAUACCUCCUACAUGAACUAUGGCAAUAUAACAGGUGAUCUACUGAAUCGCGCUAUGAUAAAAACCGACGAGAGAUCAAAGCUGCAGAUGAACCGCGUGAAGAUAUACGACCAGGCGGCCGAGGCCAGCCGGGAGGAGAUCGCUACCUGGAAGGUAAAGGUGCAAGCAGGAGUCAAGAAAAUUGACGAGCUCGACCGCGCGAGGGAAAAGCUAGGGCUGGAAUGCAACGCUGCAAAUCAAAAGUACGUGUCCAUUUUCAUUUUCGCAUUACUUUUACUAGAAAAUAAAAGUUCUCCCUUCAUGUUUUCACAAAGCCCGAAAAGAACGUCAUGGACUAUGUAUGUACAGGUACUACGCCAGGAACAGGACUAAGAAGUAGAUUCUGAUAUUCGCUUUGCAUCAUGAUGAUGUUUGUAUUGUCCUCACUCAGGUAUUUCCAACUGUUGGACGGGAUCAAGAACGCAGAAAACAAGGCGACCGAUCUCCGCAAGAACCACGGAGAUUUCCGCAUGAAACUGAACCAGCAGAAGGAGUUGUACCAGCAGGUGAGGAGUGAGCGGAAUGCGUUUUCCCGGUCCCUGAUUGAGUCGCAGGACGAAAUCUCGGAGAUGAAGCGGAAAUUCAAGAUCAUGUUUCACCAGAUCGAGCAGCUUAAAGAGGAGAUCAAGGAAAAGGACGAAGCCCUGAAGCGCGAGACCAGCGACUUUGACCGUAAAAAGCGCGAGUGCGUGAAGAGAAAAGAGGAGGCCAGUAAGGCGAAAAAGAAGCAGCAGGAGCUGACGCAUCUCGCCGAACUGGAAAACGAGGAGAUCAAAAAGCUGGAGCACCGCAUACACGAGUUUGAGUCCACGCGGCUGGCGCAAAAGCAGGAGUAUGAGGAGGUAGUGGCGGAGCGAGAUCUGCUCGGGACGCAGCUGAUCCGCAGAAACGACGAGCUGGCGCUGCUGUAUGAAAAAGUGAAAAUACAGUUCUCCACGCUCGAAAACGCGGAGAACGUGUACAAGGACCUUGAAGAAGACUUGCGAAAUCUCCGCAUCUCGGAAAAAAACCUCACCAGAGAAGCAGAACGGAAUAAGGCGAAGGUAUGAAGUAGCUGUGGCGUUUGUUUUGUCGCUUGAGUUGUAAACUUGAAAGAAGAUCAUGCCUCUAGGAGGGGAACAAGGCGUGCAUACAAAUCGAGUUGCGGUCUGUUACUCUUCUCGUCUAGUAUGAUGAACAGCACGGGUCUAGAUAGGAGCUGCGUCCACUGCAGCAGUUGCAAUUUUUUAGCGUGAAACUACUGAGGCUCCUUAAUAUCGGAUAUCUUUAGAAGUUACUUGCGUACGCACAAUAAUUCAGGGCUCCUCGCUGAAGGAGGUGAAGAGGCGGAUUUACGUGCUCCAGCGCGAACUGUUGCACGAGCGGACGAAGGUAAAAGCACUGAGUGAGGAGCUGGAGAAUCCGAUGAACAUGCAGAGGUGGCGGAAGCUCGACGGGAGCGACCCAGCCAUGUACGAGAUGAUUCAAAAGGUGAAGACGCUGCAAAAGCGGCUGAUCCACAAGACCGAGCAGUCCGUCAACUACGAUCUGAUGCUGCAGGAGAAGGAGAAAUUAUUCGGUGAACUGAAGGAGCUAGUCGACCAACAGCCCGGACCGGAGGUGGCAGCGCAAGUAUCCGCAUUCCAGACCUACUUGAAGGUAUUUUUACAUCAGUACAUGUUUAUUGUCAACAACCUUGACGAGGUGCGUUUGCGUUCUCGUACAAAAGAUUUAGAAGUGCGGCAGCGUUCCCUCGGUAAGAAAGUAUGGCAGCGUAAAAUCGAAGGAAGCAAGUAUGGGCCUAGUUGUUCUUGAGACACACAGCAAAUUUCCUCACCAUACACAGGACAUCACCAACCAAAUGAAGUCUGUUGCUGCGGAGCUAAACAUGUGCCACGCACAAGCCACGGACUACCGAGACGAGGUGGAAAAGGCGCAGCAUGACCUGCAGGAAACAAAACGAAAAUAUUUCGACCAAAAGCGCCGCAACCAGCUGUUCACCACUGUGGACGGGUAAAGUCAUCGGAUGGCUCGGUUCAUCGAGCAGCUACGCACAGUCCUCAUAGUACAUCUUUCAGUUUAUUUUAGCAAAACAGUCAAAAAACAGGGCGAGGGCUACACCGAAGCCCUGGCUAUCCAACUCCGUUGAAGGUUAAUACUGACAAAAUUUCACUUUGAGUGCCCCAAACUCAAAAAGGUUUAAUGGUUUAUACUUAAGCAAAUCAGAAAAAGGUGAAGUGUUGUGGCAGCCACGCUCGUUUCAGGUUGAUGAGCAUGAAGAACGAAGAUUCCUAUUAUUUUGUGAUCAUGCCACAUCAACCUCGAAACAGUGCCACAGAGCACCCACUGCACAGAGAAGUACAGCGUGCAGAAGCACUGGGUGAUUGUUGACGAGUAAAAACUUCUGCUGCUUGAUCGCGUCUCCUGUACCUAAUUUUAUCGAACAGCAGUAGCGCAGAACUAUGUAAGAUAGAACACGGAAUUAGAACUUCUCCAAAAACAUUAUCAAGACCAAGUAUCUGUAUUACAAGAUAAACUACAGCCUUGGUGUUUGGAUUUGCUGGCUGCGUGUUUGCUCUUCGUCCCUUUUGACAACGGGAUUGUCACGAGGUCGCAGUUUGAUCACAGCGGCAUAAUGAAGGGACACAGUGAUCCUGAUCCACCGGAACAUCAAAGACGCGAACGCGGCAGAGCUUGCCACUUCAAGAAUGAGUACGAUGCUCGUCCAAGCAAGCGAUAAUGUGGAUUUUGUGC